AUGCGGGAACUCAAAGUUGAGGAUGCCCUUCUCUACCUGGAUCAGGUCAAGGUAGAGUUUGGUGAUCGUCCGCACAUUUACAACGAGUUUCUCGACAUAAUGAAAACCUUCAAAACACAGCAGAUCGACACACCCGGCGUCAUCCGGAGAGUAUCGACACUUUUUCAAGGAAACCGCCGACUCGUACUAGGAUUCAACACCUUUCUCCCGGAAGGCUACAAAAUCGAACUCCCCCUCGACGGCGACGGCCCGCCGCCAGAAGCGCCCAUGGAAUUCAACCACGCGAUCAACUACGUUACCAAUAUCAAAAAACGGUUUGCGAAUGAGCCCGAAACGUAUAAAAAAUUUCUGGAGAUACUGCACACGUAUCAAAAAGAACAGCGGGGCAUUAAGGAGGUUUUGGACGAAGUUUCGGAACUUUUUGCGGAGCAUCCUGAUCUGCUUAAAGAGUUUACGUUUUUCUUGCCG